AUGGAGAAAAUAAUGCGUGAUGUCAUGACUGAACACCUAGUUAGGCAUAAUCUAUUAUCUUGCCCUCAACACGGUUUUGUCAAAUCUAGAUCGUGUGUCACAAAUCUUCUUGAAGUAAUGGAUAUUAUUACCAAAGCUUUAAGUGACAACUGUGCUGCAUUGCUCAUUUUGUUAGAUUUUGCCAAAGCUUUUGAUCGUAAAGUCUUUCUACGAGCCCCAAAUGACGUAAAGGAAUGGCAAAAAAAUGUUAAAGAGUUUUAUCAAAAAUGGAACUUUCCACAAUGUAUAGGAGCUAUUGAUGGAAAACAUGUACGCAUUGAAGCACCUGCAAAAUCUGGAUCUUCUUUUUAUAACUACAAAGGAUUUUACAGCAUGGUUUUUUUAGCAAUUUGUGAUGCUAAAUAUUGUUUCACAAUGGUUGACAUUGAGGCUUGUGGAAGGAUUAAUGAUGCUGCCAUUUUAAGUGCGAGAACGUUUGGGAGGGCAUUUAAUAAGAGUUAUUUUAAUUUACCAAAAAUUUCUAAAUUUGAUUCUAAAUAUCCACCGGACCUUGUUGGAGAUGACAUAUUUGCACUUAAACCAUGGUUAAUGAAACCGUACACAGGUAAAAAUCUUACUGUUCAGCAAAGAGUUUUUAAUUAUCGCUUAUCUAUAGCACGUAGAACAAUCGAAAAUAGUUUUGGAAUUUUAGCAGCUAGACGGAGAAUAUACAGAUCUCCAAUUAAAGCAAAGCCAUUGAAAGUGGAACAUAUAAUAAAGACUACUGUUUGUUUUCACAACUAUUUGCGUUCAACAGAUUGA